AUGAGACGACGUCCCUCCUACUUGUGUUUCAUCGCCCUCUGGGCUCUAGUGGCCUCUCGACACGCCGAGCCCGCGAAGGCCUCGUGGCGCCUUCACACCGAAUCAAGGUGGAUCGUCGAUAAGCAGGGGCGUCGGGUGAAGCUGGCGUGCGUCAACUGGGCGUCGCACCUCGAGCCCAUGGUCGCGGAAGGGCUCGACAAGAAACCCGUUGACUGGAUCUCGAAGCAGAUUGCGUCGAUGGGAUUCAACUGCGUCAGGCUCACCUGGCCGCUCUUCAUGGUCACCAACGACUCGCUGGGUUCGAUGUCGGUGGCGCAAUCGUUCCGGGAUCUCGGGUUGGUUGAUUAUAUCGGAGGCAUUCGACAGAACAAUCCGUCUCUUCUGGAUGUUUCUGUUCUCGCUGCUUUCGGGUACGAUUUCAACCGUGACGGUAACGGGUUCUUUGGCGACCCGUACUUCGACCCGAACCUUUGGAUCAAGGGCCUCACUCGGAUGGCCACAUUGUUCCACCGCGUUGGUAAUGUGGUCGGUAUGAGCUUGAGGAACGAGCUCCGAGGUCCUAAAGAAAAUCUGCGAGACUGGCUCAGGUACAUGGAGAGCGGAGCCGAAGCGGUGCAUUUGGCGAACCUGCAUGUGCUUGUCAUAGCCUCCGGCCUCUAUUGCGACACCGACCUAUGGUUCCUUGGCCACAUACCGAUGAAGGUGAGCUUCGCCAGAAAGCUAGUUUUCGAGCUGCAUUGGUACGCAUCCUCGAGCGGGACAGUCUGGGAGGACGGCAACGCCAACGAGCGAUGCAAGGACGCGACAGACAAGGUGAUGAGCAAGGCAGGGUUCAUACUAAACCAGGGAAUGCCGCUCUUCGUGAGCGAAUUUGGAGGAGAACUGAGCGGACAAAACGUGAAUGACGACCGGUACUUCAACUGCUUCUUCGGAGUCGCGGCCAAGCUCGACUUCGAUUGGGCCUUGUGGACGAUUGUGGGGAGCUACUACUUGAGAAAAGGGAUCGUAGGGAUGGAGGAGACGUUCGGGGUGCUGAACAAGGACUUCUCUGGGCCUAGAAAUGCCAGCUUCUUGCAAAGGAUCUCUGCCCUUCAAGCCCCUUUUCAAGGUGCAACUUCAUCAAGUCCUACGCGCAGAAUUCUUUUUCAUCCGCUCACGGGUCUCUGCAUCCAAAGGAAACGAGAGCAGGAACAGCUGCAGCUAGGCGCAUGCAACGAGUCCGAAGCUUGGACCCACACGAGCCACCACACGAUCCGGAUGAGAGGAACGGAUUUGUGUAUGCAAGCGGAUCGGCUGGAGAAACCGGUGAAGCUCAGCACAAAUUGCGCGGACCACGGAUCUAGAUGGAAGACCAUUUCGGAGUCCAAACUGCAUUUUUCAUCCAACAUCGUUGGCAGUAAUGUCACCGUUUGCUUGGACAUAGAUUUUAGUACUAAGACCGUCAUCGCGAGUCCUUGCAAAUGCUUGAGAGAAGAUGCUACCUGCAACCCGGCGAGCCAGUGGUUCGAGUUGGUAAACAUGACGCGUUCAACGUAG